AUGAGCGCGUCAGACGUCAAACGUGACGAGACAGCGCCGUUCCUCGUCAAGCUUUUCUACCGCACCGGCGCAUUUCACAGACCCGAUGAAUUCGCCGCGCGCAAUCUUCCUCCCUACCUCCCGAUACACGCCUGGAAAUCCUGCACCCUCCUCGAGCUAGCGCACCACAUGCUUGAAGCGUCCCCUCCCAUCCUUCCCAAUCCAGCUGUCGGUACGCGCCUUUCUUUUCGGCUUGUUUACCCCGAAGAGAGCGACUACGACGAUUACGAAGACUACGACAACCGGAGUCGCAGCAGAAGUCGCAGCUGGAGUAGGAGCCGGAGUCGGAGUAGGAGCUACAGCAGGAGUAGAAGUCGCAGCCCGAGAGGCAGGAGACGAGCUCGUGCUGCGGCUGCAGCGUCGUUUCAACGGACAAGGCAGAAGUUUAUCACCAAGGACUUGGGAAGCGUGGUAUUAGGGGGCGCGAAAGGGCCCGGCGCAGGAUAUGCAGACAAGAUCGUAGAAGAUGAUGAAAUGGGGUUGGACAGCAGCCUCGCAAACGGCGAUGACUACGAGAAUGAAGGUGACUCCAAAUGCAAUGAAGAUGACCAGGCGAGCCUCACACUCGAAGAAGCGCGGUUUAUACCCGGCGAUUACAUCAGUUGUGCGAUUUUACCGCCAGAUGAGUUGACUGGGGAGGUUAUGCCCGCAGGCGCAGCGAAGGUUGGCCGGGGCGCAGGCGUUGGGGAGGCAACGACUUCGUGGGGAGAAGAUGAAUUGCCCUCUCCUCCACUGCCACCUGCAUCAAGUAGAUAUCGCGAUAGGGAAAGAGAUUAUCACUGGAGCGGCGGCGGCGGCUAUAACGGCCGGGGAAGAGGGUGGAGAGGCCGGCGAGGAAGAAGGUAUUCUGGGGAUUUCGGGAGAGGGGGGUUGCCUGAGGGAGAGUGGAGGAGGGGAGACGUGCCAAACGAUGACGGAGAUUAUGGGAGAUGGAGAUAA